GAAGAAAGGAAGGGAAAAAGAAAGGAAGCACGUAAUCCAGAGAUGGAGUUUGCGAUUUAUCACCAUGUUUAGGAAUGUUGCGUACGUAACGUUGCAGAAUUGGUCCGCUCAGUUACGCAGUACAUUUGCUAUCUAAAAUAUUAUCAAUCCAUCGAUCUUAAUGCUUCAAAUUGCUCUCUCUUCCCUCUGACUCUGACUCUCUCAAGGCAAAUGGCGUUUCCCUUUUCCCUCUCCUUCGAGUGCAUACUGUUACUUACUCUUGCCUCUCUCGUCUUCCUGAUCGCUCUGAUCAAGCUUGCAGGAGAUGAUGCUAAGAACUUGCCUCCCGGCAGGCAGGGUUGGCCUUUAGUGAGAGAGAACAUCAGUUUCUCGGCUGCUCCUAGGCACGGACUUUUCCAUUUUCUCCAACCAAGGAUCUCAAAGUAUGGGAAGAUCUUCACCACCCACCUGUUCGGCAAGCGAACCGUCAUCUCGGCGGAUGCCAACUUCAACAAAUGGGUUCUACAGAACGAAGGGAAGCUUUUCAAGGCCAAGUUCCCCAAGGCCUUCAGCGAGGUCUUCGGAAAGUACGGGAUGCUGUCCAUCCAUGGCGACCUCCAGAGGAAACUCCACGGCGUCGCCAUCAACCUGCUCGGCCAGGACAAGCUCAAGGCCCAUUUCCUAGCCGAGGUGGAGUCCAUGAUCAGAACCCGAGUCCACCAGUGGGUUGGCAGAGAGAUCCUCCUCCAAAAUGAGCUUCGGACGAUGGUGUUGGAGCUCAUGGUGAAGCAACUGCUGGAUAUAGACCCAUCAGAAGAGGUAAAAGUGAUGGCAAAGGAGUUUCGUGACUUCACCAGCUCGGGGAUCGGUUGCCUACCAAUUCGAUUUCCAGGGACUAGGUUCUACAGAGCGCUCAAGGCAAGGGAAGCAUUGGUAGCAAGGGUGAAGAAAGAGAUCAAAGAGAGAGAGGAGCACUCGGAGGUGAGCAGGCCGGACCUUCUGUCGAGGUUGCUCAAGGAAGACAGCCGCCUGCCGGAGGAGGUGAUCGUGGACUUCAUCCUCUUCCUCGCUCACGCCGGCCACCACACUUCCUCGAGGGUGAUGGUUUUUGCCGUCAAGCACUUGACGGAGGAUCCCGCUGCCCUCCAGAAACUUAGAGAAGAGAAUGACGCCAUAGCCAAGAAGAGAGAAGGUGGCAAGCUCACGUGGGAAGAUUACAAAUCGAUGCAGUUCACUCGAUGGGUUGUCAGUGAGACUCUCAGGCUUGAUGGAGCGAGCAUGCUUGUCAGAGAAGCCCUGGAGGAUGUCUCAGCUAACAACUAUGUAGUUCCCAAAGGCACCUCUAUCAUCCUAGCAAUAGAUGGUGUCCACAAGGACAAGGACAACUACAUCUCUCCCUUGGCCUUCAACCCAUGGAGGUGGCAAUCACUUGACUUGAAGGAGAAGCCUCUCAUGGAUGCCAUAUUUACACCAUUUGGUGGGGGUGCAAGACUCUGUCCUGGUGCACAGCUUGCCCAACUGGAAGUGUCAAUUUUCCUUCACUAUUUGGUCACCAAUUGCAGGUGGGAGAAAGUGAAGGAGGACCAAGCCAUGCGAUUCCCUACUCCACUUUUUAUUCACGGAUUCCCAGUACGUGUGUAUCCGAGGGAAACAUGACCUAAAAAAGCGGGAAAUCAUUCACACAAGUUCAGCAAAAAACAAAAAACACAGCACCGUUUUCUCGUCAACAUUACAACAUCUCGUGGAAGAAAUUAGAUAAAUGUAUUUUUGCUUCUUCUGUGGAUCCAUUACACAUAUAGAACUAAAAAAAAGAUUGUACUGCACAAAUACUUUAAUUCACUAAAAUAAUUUUGAGCACAGAAGAAGGGACCUGGAUCUCGAAACGAACAUGUCGAGCAUUUUAGCUUGGUCAUGGAUAGCUUGAUCCGUUGACUCAUCCCUGACACCCGCUGAUUGCACCAUCUGCUUCAAACUUGUGGGCCAACAAUUCCGGCCCACUAUUGUUGGCAUGUCUCAGUCAAAGGAUCCGAUUGAGAUUCGGAGGCAACAUAUGGCAGAGAAUGACGCUCCAUGUGCAUGGAUCCGACUGUGUGGUUGUGUUCAUUAGAGGUCA